CGACCGCCCACCUUUUGUUGCCGAAGACAGAGCUGGCCCGAGAUCGACCAUCAAGUUUGCUCGGGGAUCCAGGAAAUCGACGGCUCGUACUUCGAGAGCUUCACCGCUCUGGCGUGGAAACAGGAAAACCAGCGGCAGGAAAUCCUGGAGCAGACAGAGGCGGCGGCAGCCGACCCGCCUCCUUCUACCACCGCUUUGGCGGGAGUCGCGCCCAUCGACUAUUCCGAGCCGCAGGCCGAGAAGGACAAGCUGUACGUGGAGAUGCUGUACACGAUCGCGAACACGGUUGGCGCACCCGCCCCUGGUGGCCAGUACGCUCACUACAAGGAGGACCUCUACCUGUACGGCCAGCGGGCCUUCCGCAUGCCGCCCGAAAGGCACUACCGCAUGCUGCACGCGGCGGGGGAGGAACAACCCCCCAUCGUGGUGCUUAGCGUGGUCGUCAUGGAGGCCGAGGGGCUGGAGGCCAAAGACGCUAACGGCUUCAGCGACCCCUACUGCAUGCUGGGCAUCCAGCCGAUGGCCUCCCCCGCCUCUCCGCAACCACCGACGCCCAACCGAGCGUCGUCCGACGCCUGCAGCGUCGUUUCCGGCCCGGACGCCGGCCUCGGCGGCGAGAAGCUGCGCAAGCACCACAGCUUCAAGCUGAGCUUCAAGCGGAAGGACGGCAGGGGGCGCGAGCACAGGGACAGUCUGGGGGGCGCGCUGCCUGCCAAGUUCAUCAGGGCUACUACGGUCAAGCCGCAUACGCUUAAUCCCAAGUGGAUGGAGAAAUUCAGAUUCGACAUCGAUGACACUGGCAGCGACUCCUUGCACCUGGACAUCUGGGACCACGACGACGAGAGCUCGGUGCUGGAGGCCGUCAGCAAGCUGAACGAAGUCAGGGGCGUGCGUGGCCUGGGUCGGUUCUUCAAGCAGGUGUGUCAGUCGGCCAGGCAGAGCUCGCAGGACGACUUCCUGGGCUGCGUGACGAUACCGCUGCAGGACAUCCCCUCCACCGGCUUGGAGGGCUGGUUCAAGCUGGAAGCGCGCUCGCAGCGCAGCUCCGUGCAGGGCCGUAUCCGCCUGAAGCUGUGGCUCUCGACCAGGGAGAACCGUGGCAACACCGAGGAGGACGACUGGACGGAGUUGGCGCAGCACGAGCGGCUGUGCGCGAAGUUCGUGGACCACGAGCUGCGCAGCUGCGGCAGGGAGACGUGGACGUGGACGGGGGACCUGCCAGGGCCUGCGUUGACUAUCCUGCAUCAACACGCCGUCCAAGGCGACCUGACCGACCUGCAGACCGCAAUGGCACGCUUCGUGGCUGCAGCCAGAGUGUACUCCAAGUACCCGCUGGACCCGCGCUGGAUGCUGCAGCUGCUAACCGACGUCGAAAACGGAUGGACCGGCGGCACGCUGACUAGGGAGGAGGAGAUGUGGCUGGCGGAGAAGUUCACUGCUAUGCAAGAAAGAUGGCUUCACGAACUGAGGCAUCACCGUCAACUGUUUCCUGCCCUACAUGCAGCUUCAUUGACGAGAUUAGAGUAUACCUUGAGGUGCCUGGCAUAUAUGUCUAAUAUGAAAUCAUUCUGGAAGUGUUGUCCCUUCAACAAAGAGAUCAGAGGCGAAAUAGUGGCGACAUUAAGGAGAGGAACCCCGGAAUGGUUCUCUGUGUUGAGAGCCUCCAUCAUGACGUCAGAGGAGUACGACCCGUCCUUCGUCGUUUUUUGUUCAGAGCUGUACGUACAGUUGAAGCACGGACUGUCGCACUAUCACCCGUUAUUCGAAGGUACCAAUGGAAUCCCCUACUUCAGCGUGGUGUUCAAGCAGCUGGACCACCUCAUCUCCGACGAGGUCAUCUCGUUCCUCAACCAAAACGAGCAUCCCGACGCCGCCUACAACCGGCUGAUCUUCUCCGUGUACCUCGAGGUGAAGGACUUGGCCACCUUCAACCAACACCUGCCCAUGGGCGGCGAUCACAAGCUCAUGCUGCCCAGGUGCCACGAGUGGUUCGAGCCGUCGGUCAGCUGCUGGCUGAACGUCUGCAAAGGGAAGGCGCUGCAGAGGGUGCGAACAGCCGUAGACAUCCAGAAACCCUGCGAGGGCGACAAACUAGUUAAGCACAGCUCCUCGGCAGUCGACGUAGUCACGAUGUUCUGCCAGCUGCGGGACUUCUGGCGGCUGCUGCAGUGGCCCAAGACACACUCCGCUCUGCUCUUGUCACAGCUGCUGGACUGCGUGUGCUCGGCUGCACUGCUGUACGCGGACAUCACCUACCAGGGGCUUAUGGAGACGGGUUACUUCGAUAGGCUGGGGCCAUUCAGAGUGUCCGACGAGAUGUGCAUAGCGGCGAAUAACCUGGAGUACGUUUACAAGUUUGUGUCCUUGUUAGAAAAUUACUUCGACUUCGUAACCCUUGAAUCGAUAGCGUCGGAGGCGCAGUUCUCAGCUCUGGCCAACCAGCUGGACAGCACGCUGAGCCAGUUCCAGGUGCGGAUCAGGGACGUCUUGAAGCGCGUAGGGCCGCAGAUGCAGGAGGCACUCAGGAAGGCGGUUUUCCACGCAGCUUGGUCGCCGGAUACCCUGCCUACUAACCAGGCGGUUGAACCGCUGUUUGAGUAUCUGCACGGGCAUUUGCAGGCACUGAACGUCGCGCUGUUGCCUCAGAAUUUCCAGAAGGUGCUUCAGGAGGUUUGGGAAUACACUUUGGCAGAACUGAACUAUCAGAUGGAUAGUGGUUCGAACAACGAGGAAACUCCAUCGAAGUUCCAUGAGCGACUACACUGCGCCUUGGAAAUGAUCGUGGAGUUUUUCCAUGGUGAAGGACAAGCUCUAACGAUGCAGGUUCUGCACUCGCCAAUGUACAAACAAAUAGAGCAGCGACUGCAGUACCACAGAACGGAUACCGAGACCUUGAUGGAGAUAUUUUACAGUCAGAGGUUGCAAGAGCAAUUGAAUACGACCAGUAGUCCGUACGGAGUUUUGGCAGUGAGGGCAUACUUCAAUCACGAUUCGCUUUGCGUGGAGGUACUUCAUGCAAGAGAUAUCAUACCCUUAGACCCGAACGGAUUCAGCGACCCUUUCGUCAUCAUUGAACUUCUGCCGCACAGAAUUUUUCCCCACUGCAAUGAACAACAGACCAACGUGCACAAGAAAACGUUGCAUCCGAUUUUCGACGAGUGCUUCGAGUUCAGCGUGUCGUUAGAGCAGUGCCGCUACCCCGGCACGACGAUUGCCUUCACCGUGAUGGACCACGACGUCCUCACGGCCAACGACUUCGCCGGCGAGGCCUUUCUGGCGCUGGGCGCCAUCCCAGGCGUCGCUGACACCGGCGCCGGCGUCGACAACUUCCACGGCCUCAAACCCGUCGAGCUGGUCCUCAUGCAGCAACACCAACGGAAUCACCCAAUCCUUCACAUUCUGGAAUCAAGAGUUGGCGACAGACUGGCAGCAGAUUUCGUCAAGAAACAGAAGCAAAGAUUCGCGAACAAAUAAUGAUCGUAGAUAAUCCUAAUCGUAAAGUGAAUAUACACAAAUGUUUUUAUAUGUGAUGUGUUCUAGAUGGACUACGAAUGUUCUACUAUACUUCCAAGCACUGACCUUUAUUGUACAUAUACCUACAUAUAGGAUAAUUGAGAGUGAAUAUUAGGUACUUCGGAAACAUGUCAUCAAUCAUUUCAUGCUCAUCCACGCAAUCACUUCAUAUUGGAAGUUCAUGGAAUAACGAAACAACUUCAGUGGAAUUAUAAAAUAUACAAACUUGAAUCAAUCACAUUCUACUCAUUUGGUGUCAUUAUUAACAAUAACUUACUAUGAAAG